AUGAGUUUCUUCCAACAGAACAGCAACUCCGAGGAGCAGUUCUUCUCAAGGAUCUCAGAGGAGGAAGAUGAAAUUGAUAUCCUGGGAGAAGAUAAUAGCUGUGAUUUCCAGCAACAUUUCUGCCUCCAGCCUCCAUCUUCAGACAUGGACCAUGAGGAGAUGUCCCCUACCAAAUCCAGCUGUGGGGAUUCAGAGAGCGACUCUUCCGGGGAAAGUGAGAUUGGGUCUACAGAGCAGAACAUGAAUGCUGGGGGAAAAUCAAAGAGGACCUUGGUGAAACCCCCUUAUUCAUACAUCGCCUUGAUCACUAUGGCUAUACUACAGAGCCCCCACAAAAAGCUGACCCUCAGCGGAAUCUGUGACUUCAUCAGUAAUAAAUUCCCCUAUUAUAAGGACAAGUUCCCAGCCUGGCAAAACUCCAUUAGGCACAACUUGUCCCUCAAUGACUGCUUUAUCAAGAUCCCCAGGGAGCCGGGUAACCCAGGCAAGGGUAAUUAUUGGACCCUGGACCCAGCUUCAGAAGACAUGUUUGAUAAUGGAAGCUUCCUUAGGAGGAGGAAACGGUUCAAAAGACACCACAACGAAUUCAUCAAAGAUGGCUUGAUGGUCUACCCUCCCUUUAAUUACUACAGACCUUACAGAGCUUUUCACCCACAGACAUUUGUUCAGCCCCAUGCCCUAACACCAUUGCCCAUAACUGAAAGACUGGUGAUCCCUACACACCCGCAGAUCUCUUACCAGGAUAUUCCUCAUGGGAAACUCACCAGCAACGCCCAAGGACAACAUAUACAGCUCAAACCCCAGGCUUUUGGCAACCAACAACCUCCAAAUAAGUGCUCCUUUAGCAUUGAGAGCAUUAUGAAGAAACCCAAGGAGCCAGAAGUCUCUGUUCCAGACCUCCAUCAGUCCUGGAGCUAUAACCAUUUUCUGCAAAGGUCAGCUUCAAUGCUGCCAGCCAUACUUAACAUAAAUGCUGGACCUCUGGUAUCAUCCUAUGGACCCAGACAGUACUGCCAUAUGAGGUUCCCCACUAGCUUCUGA